AUGUCGUCCCUCAAGAGAAGUCCACCUUUCCGCGCUGAGCAUGUUGGCUCCCUUCUUCGACCCCAGGAGCUUGUUCAAAAGCGAUACGAUGUUGCUUCCGGCAAGGCCCAGCCGGACGAGCUGGUGCCUUUGGAGAAGAAAGCAGUCGCAGACGUCGUAAAGUUUCAGCAAGACUGCGGCCUCAAGGUCGUGUCUAGUGGAGAGUAUACCAGACACAUGUUUUGGGGCACUUUCUUCGAGACUCUGAACGGCAUGAAGGAGCUUCAGCUUGGUGUGUUGAAGGGCUACGAUGCUGGCAUCUUCCGCCCCUACGCUCCCGACGUCAAGUCUUUCAUGGAAGCCAAGGAGGUUCCCAACCACGUCACCGUCUGCGUUGGCAAGAUCAGCCACUCCGGAAAGUCCAGCAAUCAAUACGAGGUCGACCUCAUGAAGAGCCUGCUCCCCGAGAGUGAAUGGAAAAACAUCAAGAUUACCUUGAUCUCCCCCAGCUGGUACCACUUCCGCUAUCUGAAUGGACGUAGCUUCCCCAAGGAGGCGUACGAAAAUGAUGAAGAAUAUUUCGAGGAUGUCGCAAAGGCAUACCAGGAGGAGCUGAAGAUUCUGCAUUCGCAAGGCAUCAGAAACAUCCAGAUUGACGACCCCAACCUGGCGUACUUCUGCUCGAAGGAAAUGUUGGAGGGUUGGGCUGCGGACAAGGAAAACGACAAGUCGGCUGACGACAUGUUCGACGCAUACGUCAAAUUCUACAACAAGUGUUUCGAACGCCCAGCGGAUAUGCACCUCGGCAUCCAUCUCUGCAGAGGCAAUUACGUGGGCAGCCGUCACUUCUCGGAAGGCGCCUACGACAACAUCGCAAAGAAACUAUUCCAGGACCUGAACGUCGAUACCUACUACCUUGAAUACGACACGCCCCGUGCUGGAGGCUUCGAACCUCUUGCACAUCUUCCCAAGAACAAGAACGUUGUACUUGGUGUUAUUACGUCCAAAUUCCCCGAGCUUGAGAGCAAGGAUGAGAUGAUCGCCCGCGUCAAACAGGCCGCUGACUGGAUCGCAAAGGGCACUGGCCAAUGUCACGAGGACGCCAUUCAGCAGUGCUGUGUCAGCCCACAGUGCGGUUUCGCAUCGCAUGCGGAGGGCAAUUCUCUGGGCUACGAAGAUAUGCGGAAGAAGCUUCAGCUUGUUAGGAGCAUUGCUGAUGCCGUAUGGCCAGGCCAGGCGUGA